GCACCGGAAGUCUGAAUUCAAGAGCAGUACGUUUAAUUAGGUGGCACGAGAAAUUAAAUUACAUUUUUCCAUUACAGGUUUACGAAAGAGUCUUAUUUCAUUUCUAAAUAUUGAAAUAAUUUAAUAAAAAGAAUUAUUAACUUCUUGUAACUUUGCCACUACUCACAGGUAUUAAAUACAUAUUUGGCAAUUUGCCAUGAACUUCCGGUGUAAGAUAAAGACACACGCGGAUCUCUCGAGAAAAGAACGCGAAUAAUUACAAAAAUAUCUGAAAAAUUAAGACUUAUUUAGUAAUUUUACACUAUCUCAUAUUUAAAAAUGUCCAAUAACGGUGCUCCGGACUCGUGGGAAAAUCAAGCCGAAGUCGUAGGUGAACAAGGUGCAAAAGAUUCUAAUGAUGUGUCUACAAAAUUUUCCACGUUGAAUGUGAAUGCCGUGGAGUUCGUGCCUUCUUUUUGUCAGCCUUCACAGGCUAGCGAUAGUUCUGAAUCACCUACCACACCACAAAAAUCUGAAAGCGAUUCUACAAAUUCUGCAGAGAGUCCUGUCCUAAACGGUUGUGGUGAUGCUGGUGACAGUGGUGAUGCUGGUGCUGCUUCAGCUUCGCCUCGGGUGGAGGAGCCUCCUCCUGUUCCACCUGCAACAGUUGUAGUAGCAGCUCCCCCUCCCGUUCAGUCUGACUCCUCCCCGACUAUUGACAGUUGGGAUGCUGAUGCUGAUGAUGCUCUCUUAACCCCUGAAGACAACAAUGAGCCAGAAGAAGAAGAAACGGAGCAACAGGUGCAGGCUACUGAAGAUGGAGAAGCAGCGAAAAAGAUUCCUAAGAAGAAGCCAGUCAGAGUGGAGGAUACCCGAAGCAAGAAGGAACAUGUGAAUGUAGUAUUCAUUGGACAUGUUGAUGCUGGUAAAUCAACAAUUGGUGGUCAAAUUAUGUCGUUGACGGGAAUGGUGGACAAAAGAACAUUGGAAAAAUAUGAAAGAGAAGCGAGAGAAAAAUCAAGAGAGUCUUGGUACUUAUCGUGGGCACUUGAUACAAACCAAGAAGAACGUGACAAGGGAAAGACAGUGGAGGUUGGAAGAGCAUAUUUUGAGACUGAUAAGAAACAUUUCACAAUACUCGAUGCUCCAGGGCAUAAAAGUUUUGUUCCAAACAUGAUUGGUGGUGCGGCACAAGCAGAUCUUGCUGUACUGGUUAUUUCUGCCCGUAAAGGAGAAUUUGAGACUGGAUUUGACAGAGGAGGGCAGACCAGAGAGCAUGCCAUGUUAGCAAAGACUGCCGGAGUCAAACAUCUUGUAGCACUUGUCAACAAAAUGGACGAUCCUACUGUAGCUUGGGAAGAAAAGAGAUACAAUGAAUGUCGAGACAAGAUCUUACCGUACCUUAAGAAGCUAGGCUUCAAUCCCGCUAAGGAUUUGUCCUUCUUACCAGUGUCCGGUCAGACUGGACAGGGCUUAUUGGAAAGGGUAUCUGAAGAGAUCUGCCCAUGGUACCGUGGACCAUCAUUCAUCCAACUGAUUGAUGAGCUACCAUCACUGAACCGGAAGAUGGACGGUCCUUUCAUCAUGCCCGUUGUGGACAAAUACAAGGAUAUGGGCACUGUGCUCAUGGGCAAGGUUGAAGCGGGAACAACGCGCAAAAGUAGCACACUUUACCUCAUGCCUAAUAGGGUGCAAGUGACAGUGGACCAGCUGUGGUCGGACGACAUCGAGGUGACAUCCAUCGGGCCCGGCGAGAACGUGAAGGUGAAGCUGAAGGGCAUUGAGGAGGAGGAUGUAUCGCCCGGCUUCGUGCUGUGCGACACCGUGGAACCCAUCACCACGGGCAGAGUGUUUGACGCGCAGGUGGUGAUCCUGGAGCACAAGUCCAUUAUAUGUGCGGGAUAUUCCGCCGUCAUGCACAUACAUUGUGCUGCUGAGGAAGUUACUGUUAAGGCCCUAAUCUGUUUGGUAGACAAGAAGACUGGAGAAAAGUCGAAGACGCGGCCGCGCUUCGUGAAGCAGGACCAGGUCGCCAUCAUGAGGAUAGAGUGCGCCGGCGUCAUCUGCCUCGAACCCUUCAAGAAGUUUGCUCAAAUGGGCAGAUUCACCUUAAGAGACGAAAAUAAAACGAUCGCAAUUGGCAAAGUGUUGAAAGUGAUUGAGUAAAUUUGGCCGUACGAUUGUAAUUUAGGUAGGAUAGGCGUUUCCAAAACCUAUAUCAUGAGAGUGGAUGUAAUAUGUAAUCCUGAGUAUUGGGAUGUGAGAGCUCGAGUGUUGCUUCAACCUUGUGGACAUUAGGUCGGCUAGAGGACAGACGACAGACUGCGACAUCACGGCACGGAAGAUGAACUGUUAGCAAGCAAGCCACUGCCGCCGGAUCUGCACUCUGCAGACAGUAUGCUAUAUUAUUUUAAUGGUGGUAAAAACAUAUUUAUACAAGUGUUAUUUAUAUAAUGUUAUCACAAAUGCAUAUACACAGCAAUGUCUCUCACAUUAAUUGCAUCAGCUUACAAGGAAAAGUGAGCCGUGAUUCUCUUACAAGCCCUAUGUAUGUAAACUUUAUUUGCUUGAACUUUGUAUAUGUGGAUUAUAUGUUUGUUAAAUAUAAUGUAUCCUAUCCUGCUUAUAGACGGCGUGUAUUAAAUUGAUUACUUAGUUUACUUGCAUUUUACACAAUUUAAGAACAAAGAAAAUCUGUUAACUGUUUUGGAUUGGUGUUUUAAUUAUCUUACGCUCUCCUUUUACCAUAUCAUUUGUAUGAAAUUGUACGUAGCUCGGAACGUGACAGUAGAAACUCACGACUAUUACUCCGCUUAACAGUUGGUUGUUAAAUACUUGAUCAUUACAAUCAUUUUACUCUCUCCACUACAUGUUUGUAGAAUAAAUACUGAAUAUUGAUACGUAAAUUAUAAUAUUUUCUUUAUUACCUUUUCAAUGUUGAUCAAAAUGUAUCUUUAAGUUGUGUUAUUACGGGGGUGUAGCACGAAUAUUUGCGAUAAGCUCCUUCGUAUAGUCAUUGACAAAAUUUGUAUUAAAGUUUGUGCAGCGCCCCCUAUCAGGCGUAUAGUACACCAAAAAUCUCAGACUAAUUUUGAUAUAAUUGACGAUGAUAAAACGAAGGCGCUUGUCACAAAUAUUCGUGAUAGGCCCACUGCGUAGUUUCUACGCUCGUGUUUCGAGCUAUACCUUGAAUUAAACAAGAAGCGAGUCAGUAUGAAAAUGCUGUUCGUAAUAUGUCAUCUUAGUGUCAUACUAUUUGAAUAUAAUUAAAUUAUGUUUUAUUAAUGGCCCAUAAACUUAUUUUAUAAUAACUCGGGAUGUAUCAAUGUCUAAAAUGUUUAUUGGUUUCUAUACUCACAUCAAAACGACACGAACUCGGUGCAUUUAUGAAUAAAUUAUUUGUAGUUUCAUAUUGAUCUCUUCUUAUUUAUAACUAACAUGUGGGUAUUAGAUAAUCUUCUAAAACGAUGUAGUUUUCUUUUGUGGAAGAAACGAACUAAAUUAUUUUACGUAGAGAAUUGCUGUUUAUUUGAAAGGGUAGUGAGAUAACGCCAAGUACUGCAAGUACUAGCACGUAAGCUCGGCAGAUGCAGUUAAUAAUGUAAUAUUAAAUUUUGGUGUGCACUCAAGAGUCCUAUUUUUAUAACAUUUUCCUCGAUAAUUGAUGUUCGUCUAAAAAGUAUAUAUAAUAAUGUAGGUUAAAAAUAUAAUUUUAGCAGAACACGUUUGGACGGCAGGUUCUUCCAAAAGUUUGGAGCUCUUAAUUUUAAAAGCGUUUUGUGAUUGUAUGAUGGAUGAGCUCUCGUGUAGUCGCUGCUAGGAUGGUCAACCGCUUGCGUAUUUUGCUUACUGAUAUAAAUCGUAGCAAUAAAAGUUGAUUCUAAUACUCAACUAAGAACUAUUUAACUUUUGUUUAUAGUAACAAACAAAUAUUUUAGUUGUAACUUGAUCAUCCUAACAGAUGUAGUAAUCACUAUAUUUCACUUAAUAACAACAUAAGUAAUGAUUAUAGUAUUGUUCCCUAUUUUAAAAACAAGAUUAUGUUUCAAGUGAUUUGCUAUGCGGUAUGGUAUACAUGUUGAUAUAGAAUUGAAGUGUGCUUGAAACCGAAGCAAUUUUAUAUUUAUGAAAUGGAACACGAUUCAUGUAUAUUCAUAAUGUUAAUUACUUGCAAUAUUUUAAUAUAAAUAUAAUUUUUUUUAUAGAAGAUAUCGCUUUGAAAACAAAAUACAUAGGCUGAGCUGGAAUGUGCCGAGAACAAAAGCUGCGGUAUGAAAGCUGCUAGCUUUUGUCUCGAUGCCAUUUGAACUUUAUUACAUUUAAGAAAUGGUCCAUCAGUUUUGUAUGUAGCUUUCGGAAUAGGACGACUUGGAUUCUUCGCCAUGCCUUAAUAUUAGACACAAAGAGUACUUACGGCGAGCCAAAUGAUACACAUUCAACAUAGUAUCUCCUGCGGUUAGGGGUCAAUCUCCGAAUUGUUAUAAAUUGUAUAUUGUGGGUUUAUAAAUUUCCAGCUUUUUUUUAAUAUAAUCGGUUUUACGUAUAUAGUGGCGGAUUGAAUUAUAUUAUUAAUGAUAUUUUAUGUAUAUCAGUGGAUGAAACGUGAGGCGUACGCGGCACCCCAUCUGGUUAGAUCCGUGCUAUAGUUUAUUUGUGGACACGCUUGCUCGUAGGGGAGAGUAGGGCGCCUUAGUGCCUUCCGUUGCCGCCGGCCGGCGCGCCGCGUGCGCCUCGCGACCCAAGCGAGCCACCGAGCGACCACUGGCAGCCUGCGACUAUAUUAUUUUGUUUAAAAUAAAAUUUUAUUAACUGCA